AUGCCUCUCAGGGUCAAUCUCCCCCCGGCGACGCGCAUCCUCCUGAUCAGUCAGUUAGCCCUCUCUUUUCUGUACAACGUCGCAAGAUGGAGGCAACUCGGCGACGCUCCGCCUUCUGCACAGCAUCCCAGCCCGAUCGUUCCCUAUCUCACUCUUGUUCCGUCGAUGUUUUACUACUAUCCAUGGACUAUCCUCACGGCAACCUUCGUGGAGCAGAAUAUUUUCACCGUAUUGAUCAACGGAGUUACGGUUUUCUACGGCGGGAAAUACCUCGAGCGAGCAUGGGGUUCUAGGGAAUUUGGUAAAUUCAUUCUGGUCAUCGCCCUCAUUCCGAAUGUCGCGAUGCUUUUAAUCUAUAUUUUCUGGGCUGCGGUCACUGGCAGCAGUCUCCGAGGGUACGCUUUUUGGAUCUCCCCCGAUGAUGAUUGUCUCUCUUCUUGCGCGGUGCCGUCUGAUAACCCCAUCAUUCUCAGUCUGACCCAAAUCUGCGGCGGCGUUGCGCUGCAGGCAUCUUUCCUCGUCGCAUUCAAGCAGCUCGUUCCUGAGCAUACUGUUACGAUUCUGAAGGGCAUUGUCAAGAUGCGGGUAAAGCACUUCCCUGCUAUUUUCUUGCUUCUCAAUACCUUCAGCGGAGUUGUCUUUGGCACCGAUACGGCUGCGAUCCUCGCUUGGCUCGGCCUUCUUGCUAGCUGGACAUACCUGAGGUUUUACAAAUAUCAGCCCGAUCUCACCGGCACCUCCACCAAUGGCUUAGGUUUGAAGGGAGAUGCAAGUGAGACCUUUACCUUUGCAACUUUCUUCCCCGAUGUGGUACAGCCCCCGAUUUCUUUUGUUGCCGAUCAAAUUUAUGCCUUCCUUGUUGCAUUGAAGGUCGUUACGCCAUUCUCCGCCGAAGACAUUGCCUCUAGCACCGAGAAUGCUGUGGCCCGUGGUCAAGCCGGCCUUCCUUCGCUUUUGAGCAAUGCUGGGGGCGGCAUGAGAGGCAUGGGCAAGCGGGAAGAAGCUGAACGCCGACGAGCACUUGCACUCAGAGCUCUUGACCAAAGACUUCAAGCUGCCACUGCCAGCAAGCCUCCCGCACUGUCUAGCCAAUCCCCAGCCCCUUCGAAUACCGCCGCGCCUACCGUAUCUUCUGGGCAGAACAUGCUUGGCGAAACUAGCUACACCCCCGAUAAUUCGUGA